UCGGUUAUUUCUGGUAAUAUAGCUGAAAACUUUCCGUGUCUCACGUGUUCCUGCCUUGUUUAAAGACUGGCUAGCAAUGGCUUUCCCUCUCAACGAAGAGACCUUCCAAAUAAUUGGGCAGACCUAUUCGGUCCUCUUGUGAGUGUGCAAGGUUGGAUAAUAUUUUGAUUGGCCAGGCUGCCAUAUAUAGCAGCGGCUAGUCACGAACAAUGGCUAGUCGAACGACGUCCAGUUCCCCGCACUCGCCAUGGACAAAACUAUCGAGAAGUUCAGCCAUGCCUUGACGGAUUUGAUCACUCGCCAGCAAAAAGGUAUCGUGAACUAGGGUUCGACGCCUCUAUUUUAUCUGCACAUUGAUGUAAUGGCAAGCUUAGGCGAUGGCGUGUCCGCGCUCCUCGAGACUUAUACGAAGUGCCUCAGUUUGCUGAAAGCUUUCAAGGGCCGAAGCUCUGAUUCCGAGUCUAUCGGCUCAGCAACAUCAGAAGUCCAGUCGCUUCGGAGGUCAAUACGAUCUGACAGGGCACAAGUUCGCCGUACAUAUUUCUCCAGGUUGUCAAAAGAUGGCAGACGCUUGGAAAAGGGUGACACUCGCUCAAGAUCUGCGCUUUGGCGCAUCCUGGAGAGGUUGAAGAAUGCAAUUAUAAACUUGUUUACCAUGGCCAAGGUUCAAAAGCCUGUGAUUGACUACGAAUCAAUGAUAUCUUUAUCAAAUUCGUCAAGAAUUGAUGCUAUACGGACUAUGGAUAGUUUAUCAAAUCGUCUAGGUCGUUCUUCCAGUGUGUUGCGUGAGCAACGACGGUCUCGCUCAUCAAGCUCGAGUAACAAAAGUAGUUCAACCUCCUCGACUAAUGAUAAACGUCGUGCGCGGCGUGCAACUCUGUCUGCACCAAAGGACAAUACAUCAAAGACAGCCGUUGCACCAUUCGGAAAGGACUCCAAUGCCCUGAAGAAAGUGAGGAGAAAGAAGUCUGACAAUCAGCAUCAACCCCCCCGAAGCAUAUUGAUACACACAGCACUACACCUCCAGGGAGCAUUGGUUCCGGAGAGAAGAUACAUAUUCGUACUUCAAAUCGCAUUUCGUAUGUCUCGAUGUCAUCGGGCAGCACUAAACUUGGCGAGAUCCCAAGUCGUCGUUCGCGCGUCACAAAACAACCUGACGGUAUGUUUUCGGAGCCAUAUGAUACACGGCCCGUCUAUCCCAUGCAUUCGUAUCAAGCCUCGACGAAGGAAAAGCGCGGUCUUUUCCGGCGCAUUUUUAGAAUCGGGGAGAGAUGAAACAGACCCGUCAUCAGUCAGACUAAACUUCAUUGGCUCCGUUGGGGAGUCGGUGAAGAAACUUGCGAAUUUUCUUAAGAAGAUGGUCGAUGUCUUGAGAGAAACAGACCCCGACAACUAGAUACUGCACCUAAGCCUCUCUACAAUUUGAUG